AAAAUGUAAGUGUUGAAUCGAAAUAAACAAGGAAACGGCUACCAAUAAUGCAAGAUAUAGUGUUCAAUGAAAAGCAUUUGAAGAAGUUUAUAUCAAUUUAAACUAGAAAUGCCAUUUGGUAAAGUGGAAGGAUUGUUUUUAUGUGGGUAGGUGCACAAUUUUUUUGCAAACUUAAAUAAACCAGCGCGGAUUUUAUUUUACAUGUCUGGAUAGUUAUGGACAACAGCGAGUAUUUUCCCAUGAAAGGAAUGUUAAGAAUAUUGGCAUAAAAGAUGUGUGCUAUGCAAGGUAGGAAUUACAUGAAAAAAGUUGAACAGAUCUUGUGUCCUCUAAGAAAGGAGAAUAUUUUACAUAUUUUGCAAUAUUUUUCUAGUCUAUCAACGAGAUCACUAAAGGGCCACGAAAUACGUACUAACUAUCUCAAAUUUUCAAAUCUGCUCUGAGAUUGGAAACAUUAACCAGCAAAUAAAGUCGUAACUAUGUUUGGGAACAAUUUAAAGACCUUGUUAGUUGCAUCAUCUUAAAACCAGCUUUAGAGCGAAAAAAAAAGAGCAAUGAAAUCUAAGAUUCGAUAACAAGUGUGUGUAUAAAUCUACAUCUAAGGGAAGGGAAGAUAUAUAAAAUUAAAUGUUAAAAUCUUGGUGUAGCUGCAGGGGCGAAACAAGAACAGUCCUGCCCCAGACUAAAUAUCGUUAUGUUCGCCCGAUAGUGUAAAUAAGCGUUGAGUUCUAUUUUUUCGUAAAAAUUUGUUGAUUGCACUGUCCCUGUUACGUAUUAUUCCCAAACGACAAACUAUCAAGCUAAGAUUAAAACUACGGUCUAGCUAACGAAAUCCGGAAAAGGAAGAGAUUAAAAGUUAUAUCACCAACAGCUUUCACAAUAGUCAUUGCGCACCAGAAAAAAUGUAAAAAACGAUGUUUCUUUUAUCCAAGAUAUUGGGAACGCAUAGCUUCUUUUCAAAUUUCGCACCAGAAACAAGACUGACUGUUGUGUGGAAUGCUUAUUUUGUAUUUUAGCUUGCAAACCAGACCAAUUUAAUAGAUACUGUCCUUCUGUCCUUAGAAAAUUUAAACAAAACACUAGACAUCAAUUUUAACUUCCAUUCACGAUUUACAUAUUCACAUAAGCUUCAUUUAACAACAAUUAAUUUCCAAUUUAACUAUUAAAUCACAAAUUAAAAUUGAUAGCUGUAAUGAGAUUUUCGUUAAUGUUUAUAUAGCGGUUUUUAACUCACAGCACGAGAUUGAUUGUCUAAAUAACAGCUUCAUUUCCACGAGGUUUAUGAUAGUAAAGCUUACGCUGUCUCAGUCAUUUAAAAUACAUGACCGAUUAUUGAUAUGAAGGAAGUAGUGCAGUCUAGUGGGAGAAUCUAAUAUACGAGGUCUGGAAACUGAAAACAACAGCUUAUGCAAAAUGGCUGCUGUUUCGUCGUCAACAACAACAACUGCUACGUCAACAUCAACAACAACAACAUUAACAUCACCUACCACAUCAGCAAAUACAUCUGAAGUUAAGUCCAAAUGGAAAAAACUUGCUUUUAAAGGGAUGGCUGCUAAUUCUCUUGUGAAGGCUCCUAAACAAAUUGCAGCGGAGACAAAAACGUCGAAAAUGAGAGCAGAAUGGAAUGCAAUGAAAGGGAGGGAUGGUGGUGAAGAAUGGAUAAGAUGUAGAAAUAUGGAAAAAAGAAGAGAGAUUGAAUCCUUGAAAAGAUUUAAUGACGAAUUGAAGGGACAGAUUUCGCAGAUUAAGGAAACAUUAAAAGAAAAGGAAGCAAAAUUGCAAGACAUCGUAAAAAAAGAAAGACAUACAUCUGAUGGAAAGGAAUAUAUUCUGCUAGACGAACAAGUGCAUAAACAAAAGGAAGAUAAUUAUGUUAAAACGAAAGAAAAAUUAAAGAAGUUGGAACAAAACUGUCGUGAUCUUCAAUCUCUGCAUGAAGUUUUACAAAACGAAAAGAAGGAAUUGAAAGAAAAAUUGAAAGUGAAAAUCAUGGAAUCCGAGCUUGAUAAGUCAACAAUUUCAAGUCUUGAAGCAGAAAAGGAAAUCCAACGUGUGAACCUGGAACAAGCUGAAGUCGACUUGAAAAAAGAAAAAGAUGAAAUAACGAAUAUGUGUAAAAUGUAUGAGCAAAGAAUAAAGAAAAAUGAAGAAGAAAGAUGGAAUAUUGAAAACAAAAACAAGGAAAUGUUAAACGAAUUAAAAGAUAAAUGCAACAGCGUUCAAACUCUAGAUAAUGAACUGAACAACAGCGCAAAACGUAUUACUGAACAAGAAUUUGAGAUUGACGAUUUAGUCAAAAUGGUGUCGGACUUAGAAGUUGAAAAAGGCCAAUUGGAAGACGAAUUAAAAGGCUUAAGAGAAGAUCAUACAGCAUUGACUCUAAAAUUAAGAUCUUCAGAGGAUAUUAUCAAAAAAUUGGAUAACCAAGGAGAAUUGACAACGAAUAAAGUUGAGGAAUUAACUAAAGAGGUUGCAAACAGGAAUAUUGCUAUUUCUGGUAUGAAAGAAGAUGCUGUCAACUAUAAACAAAAAAUAGACUCCUUGCAGAAAGAAACGGAUGAAAAAAUUUCAGAACUGAAGAAGGCAUCUGAGCAGAGAGAAGAGGACCAAUCACAUUAUAAGGCAUCAAUGAAAAAAAUUCAAGGGAGAUUAAAUGAAUUGCAGCAAGGAUUUACAAAGUUUACAAGUGACAUGGAAAAGCAAAUUCAAGAGAAAAUUGCUUCACUCGUAAAUUUGAAGGAAUGUGAAGGCAAAUUGAGUAAAGACCUAACUAAUUUUCAGAAUAAAGUAAUCCAAAAGAAUGAACAAAUUGUGAAGUUGGAGGACGAAAUGGAAAAAGAAAGGAAACACUUUGAAAAUUUUAAAGAGGAAACGAGAAAAUGUAGAGAAAAUAACGAGCAUGUUAUUAAAAAUCUUCGUGAAGAAUUGAAUACGGAAAAACAGGUAGCAAAGAAACUUAACAACGAUAUAAAUGAGAAAACAAGAGAAUUCACGAAGCUAUUAGAAACUUUAAAAUCUGGAUUCGAAGAAAGUCUUUCAAUUGCUGAAGACAGGAUAACAUCUAAAAGAAUACAAGUGGAGGCACUGGAAGGCGACAAGGAAAGAUUAACAGAAGAGACUAAAAACCUUAAAGCUCAAAUUGAGAUAUUAUCGCAAGAGAAAAAUAAUUUGAACAAAGAGAGUAAAUCACUUCAAACCAAGUACGAGAAUGAACUAUCAAACUUAAAAAAUCAAUUGGAGCUUUCCAAUGCAAACUCAUCUGAUCAGGAAAAAAUCUUCAAAGAGAAACUUUCAGAAGAGCAAAAGACAGUUGAGGAUUGGAAAACAAAAUUUUAUGAUUUGAAAGAAAAGGUAAAAUCGACAGAGGAACAAUUAAAUAGUGAAAUUGAACAAUUAAAACAAGACGUUGUUCAAGAAAAUAAAAGGAAGGAAGAUUUAAAUCAUCAACUGGAUGACUGUGAAGAUCAAAACAAAAUCCUGAAUUCUAAAUUAGAAAAUCUUAAAGUCUGCAAUGAAAACCUUAACAUCGAGGUCAAUAAACUUAAAGAUGAAAGUUCAAAGCGACAAAUAGAUUUAGUACAGAAAGAGAAGGAAUAUACUAUUACCCAUAAAAAAUUAAAGAAAAGUAUUGAAGAAUUAAAUAGUUGCUUAGAAGAAGAAAGACAACACGGACUAAGUGAAAUUAAAAAGAAAGAAGAUGAAAUAGAACGACAAAAACAUCUCCUUCAAAUUUCACAUAACGAAAUGGAAAUUCAAAAGUCAUCUUUAGAAUCAAUGAAUGAAAAAUUAAUAAGCGCAAGUAAAGAGAUAAUGAAGCUUGAGUUAGAGAAGAAAGAUUUGAAGAAACAUUGUGAAGAUCUUACCGAUAAUGUAAGAAAAGAAACAGUAAUAUUCCAGACCAGAAUAACUAAUUUAGAAGACUCUUUACAAGAAUACGAAGACAAAUACUCUAAGCUUGAAUAUGACAAUAGCAAAUUGCAAAAUAGUUUGCAAGCACUACAGGAGCAAAUUAACAUCAUGAAAGGAGAUCUAGAAUUUAUAAACCAAGAAAAUCAAAACCUGGUAAACGAGUUAGGCUGUUCAAAAGAGAGAAUAAAAGAACUAGAAAAUAUAAAUAAACUGCUCAUUUCUGAAAUUGAAAAUCUAAAAGAACAGGAAGAACAACAAUUAGUUAUGUUUAAACGAAACUACGAAUCUCAGAAUAGGCAACAUAAAGAAACAUUAUCAGUGCAGCAACAUCUCACUGAAAGUGUAGAAUACCAGUUACAUCAUGAGAAACAGAAAGUAUUGUCGAAAGAAAAGGAAAUUAAAGAAGCGAAUAGAAAGUACCAGGAAGCUCUUCUAGAUUUCAAACAACAGGAUAAAGCGUUACGAGAUGCUAACGAAACAUACAUGCUCGAAGAAAUAAAUCGUAUUCAGAGAGAAUGCCGAAACAAGAUUAUCGAGCUGGAAGCUGAACAAGAGCAAAAUAGUUAUGAGUUACAACAAAGUUUCGAAGACAAGUUUGCGCAACUGAAUAUUGAUCUUGAGGAAUCCAAACACGACGAGGUUGAAAUUGUCAAGGAAGAUUAUCGGCAGAGACUUCAUGCAGUUAUCCAUCAAAGAGAUGAACUUAUGAUUGCGUUGAAGAAAAUGGAAACAGUUCUACUUGAUCAAAAAUUGGAUUAUGUAUACGAAUCAAAAGAGUUAAAAGACGAACUCAAGUCAAAAGUCAAAGAACUCGACCGUCUUCAGGUUAAAUACGAUGCGCAAAAUAAAGUUGUGGACCAUAUGUUGACGUCAUUAGAACAAGAGCGAUCUGCACAACGUGGAUCAAAGGAGAUAUUGGAAACAUUGAAUAAGUUAGAACGUCAAUUUAACGAGCAGUUUUCGUGUUCAAAACAUACACUGUCAACUCCAAGGGACAGCGUUGAUAGUCUCUUGGAUGAAUCGUGUACAGUCAGUAUUUUUGAUGGUUCCUGUCAUGAAUUCAAUAUUACAUGGCCACAACCAGUUAAAAACUACCAACCAGAUAACAGGAAAAAGUCAACAGAAUCCAUGAUGGAGAUUCCCUCAAGAAUCAAAGAAAAAAUUGAAGAGAUUAGAGCUGAGAUCACAUUACGGCUGAAAGACAUAGAUAACUUUCAAAAACCUCCUUCUUACAGACAAAGCAGUCCUCAUCGCUAUGAUGACCUAGACUACAUGGAUGGCAUGUUUCUUCAAUCAGGAGAAAGUUCUCUAUCACCACAUCAAUAUAACGAAGAAACGAAAAGAAAUCAAAUAAGGUCGUUGUCAAAAGCAGAUUCUAUGAACAAGAUUACGGACUCUGGCUUCACAGAGACGUCCUACCAUUCAAUAUACAUUCAGAGCCAACUGCGAGUUAUAAACGAUAUAUUUUCCAAAUUGAAUCGCCUAUGUGGUGUGAUAAAGAAAGAACAAUAUAAAAUGCCUGAAAGGAGAUGGCAUCAUGAAUUGGAAACUUGGAAGAAACAGGUACACCAUCGCUUACAAUUACUGCAUGAUAAUGUUAGUGAAACAACUUUAACAUCGAGAACCAGUAACACUGAUGUAGAAAAGCAUUUACCGAACGUAUACACAAAGUCCAUUGUGUUUCGUCCAUCUGCAAAUGAAGUGAAAGCUAUUAUUGAUAAUGUAAACAGAAAGUAUGAAACCACAAGAUUAAGGCGGUAGUUUUUAAGAAAAACACUAAAUUUUUGAGAAAGUCUUGAAACAUUCUCUAUCUUUUGCAUAUUAAAAUCUGAAAUAUAGUUCUUCUUGCAAAUAAAAAUUCUUGCAUGUAUAUUCACUAGACACAAAGUCAUGUCAAGAUUGAAGCGUUCUGGCCAUGUUUUAAAUUUUUGGCUAACUACUAAAAUAUUCUUAUUGUUUUGAUAACGACAUCAUGUAUGUUUUCGUUUAAGUUAUUUCUUAUAUAGAUUUGCUAACUUACA